AUGGAUGAAAGGUUCAACAAGUGGCUGCUGACGCCCGUGCUCACCCUCCUCUUCGUGGUCAUCAUGUACCAGUACGUGUCCCCCUCCUGCACCAGCUCCUGCGCCAACUUCGGGGAGCAGCCCCGCGCCGCCGGGGGGCCCGCCGGCCCGCCCUCCGCCCCGGGUCCCGCCCGCCGAGCGCAGGUGCCGCCCGAGGACGGGGAGCGGCGGCCCCAGCUGCCCCCGCCGCCCCGGGGGCCGCCCGAGGGGCUUCGGGGCGCCGUGGUGGCGCCCCCCGAGGACGACGACGACGACGAUGAGCCGGGGGACCAAGAGGAGGAGGAGGGAGAAGAGGAGGAGGAGGAGGGCGAGGAGGAAGAGGAACCGGACCCCGAGGCCCCAGACCACGGCGGCGGCGGCUCGCUGCCCAGGUUCGUGCCGCGCUUCAACUUCACCCUGAAGGACCUGACCCGCUUCGUGGACUUCAACAUCAAAGGGCGCGACGUGAUCGUGUUCCUGCACAUCCAGAAGACCGGCGGCACCACGUUCGGCCGGCACCUGGUGAAGAACAUCCGGCUGGAGCAGCCUUGCAGCUGCAAGGCCGGCCAGAAGAAGUGCACCUGCCACCGGCCCGGCAAGAAGGAGACCUGGCUCUUCUCCCGCUUCUCCACCGGCUGGAGCUGCGGGCUGCACGCCGACUGGACGGAGCUCACCAACUGCGUGCCGGCCAUCAUGGAGAAGAAAGACUUUCCCCGCAACCACAGCCACACCAGGAAUUUCUAUUACAUCACGAUGUUGCGUGAUCCAGUGUCCCGUUACCUGAGCGAGUGGAAGCAUGUCCAGAGAGGGGCCACGUGGAAAACCUCUCUCCACAUGUGUGAUGGGAGAAGCCCCACCCCCGAUGAGCUACCUACCUGCUAUCCUGGGGAUGACUGGUCUGGGGUCAGCUUGCGCGAGUUCAUGGACUGCACCUACAACCUGGCUAACAACCGCCAGGUGCGCAUGCUGGCGGACCUCAGCCUGGUGGGCUGCUACAACUUGACUUUCAUGAACGAGAGCGAGAGAAAUGCCAUCCUGUUGCAGAGCGCGAAAAACAACCUGAAGAACAUGGCCUUCUUUGGGCUCACCGAGUUCCAGAGGAAGACACAGUUUCUCUUCGAGAGGACAUUCAACCUCAAGUUCAUCUCUCCCUUCACACAGUUCAACAUCACGCGGGCUUCCAACGUGGACAUCAACGACGGUGCUCGCCAACGCAUCGAGGAGCUCAACUUCCUGGACAUGCAGCUGUACGAGUACGCAAAAGAUCUCUUCCAGCAGCGCUACCACCACACCAAGCAGCUGGAGCACCAGAGGGACCGGCAGAAGAGGAGGGAGGAGCGGAGGCUGCAGCGGGAGUCUCGGAGCCACCGGUGGCCCAAAGAGGACGGGAACGCAGAGGGGGCCGUCACUGAGGACUACAACAGUCAGGUGGUGAGAUGGUGA